UUAAUAGAUGUGAUUAACUGUCAGACGUGAAUACAUGUUUUAUGUAAAUAACUUGCUUUGACUCAUUUUGACCGCUAUAAAUUAUUAUCAAACUCCAAUUGCUGAAUUUUUAUUAAAUUUAAAAUGGAUGAGGAAAGGAUGUGGAAAAGCAUGUUGGCAAAGUUACAGGAAUUGAAAGUUAAUCCACCCACCGAACAUGAAAGCAGAUUACAGGAAACCGAUGGUGGCUUUUUUGAAAAAUUUGGGUCUCUUUUGAAGCAGAAAUCGCAUUUAGAGGAAACAGAAAUAAAAACCAACCUUGAACCAUUCGCAGUUGAUUAUGAAGCAGACAACGAAAAAGAAGUUAUUCAAAAAGAAUGCAUUAAAAAUAGUUCAUCUAUUGGUCCCGAAGAGAGUGUAAAUAUCCCCGAGUUAAAAAACUGCAAAGAAGAAUUGGUGGAAUCUGCUAUAGGAAUGAAUAUUGAUGAUCUUUAUCAAGAAAUUCUUUUUGAGAUAUGCAAUAAUUGUGGAUGUGAGAGUUAUGACAUAUGUCCUGAUAUUCUUUUGGAAUUCGCGCAAGAAGUAUUUAAAAUAUCAAACACAAAGCAUGAAGAAAUUUUGAGAAUGGCAAGGCAAAAAGAACCGCCUAAACUGCGUCUUAAUGUGGAAAUUAUUAAAGCAGAAAAUUUAUUGCCAAAAGAUGCAAACGGAUUUUCAGACCCUUUUGCUACUAUUUACUUGGAGUCGAAUGCUUCGCAUCGUUAUAAUACAUCUGUAAAGCAUACAACACUAAACCCAAUUUGGGAAGAACACUUUUCAUUACCUAUCAUUGAUAACCCUAAAGAGGAGGUACUGGUGGUAGAAAUAUGGGAUUUUGAUGCUGCAGAAACUAUCAAAGAAAAGGUUAAUAAAUUACUCGAUGUAAAAGGAGUUAAGGGACUAAGUAAGCUGAUGAAAGAAAUUGCUCAAACCGCAUCUACGGGAAAACAUGAUAAUGAAUUAAUUGGCCGCGCAGCAAUUACUCUGAAGUCAAUUUCUAAUUCAGGUUUAACUGUUUGGUACAAUUUAGAAAAGGGUUCUAAAACAAAAAGCCGAGGCUCGAUAUUACUCAACAUGACAUUGAGUGCAGAAAAGAAUAAACGUGUUGCUCUUCAAGAGCAUAAACACUUAUUAAACCUAUUACUGAUUCAUGAGUUGGAAAGCUCCCAAGUAGCUGAAUACUGGUGGAAUGGCAAAUUUACUACAAAUGCGGAACUUAUUCGGUCGCAACAUGCAGUUCAAAGUGGCCUUACAAACUUUGAAUGCGCUCUUUGCCAAUGGGUGGUGUACUCGAAAAUCCAUGAAAAUCAUAAAUUAAACUUUAUUCUCUUUAACAAUAUUCUAGAUAUUGUUAUACCUACCCUAAAAUUACUUCAAUCAGAUUGUGAAGACGUAAAAACGUUUUGGGAAGGAGUGAAACGAGUUUUGCCGUCAUGCUUUUCAAUUGUGCGAAAAAUUCGCGCUAGAAAUGUUAGUGAUAAACAUAUUGUUACCACACUAUGCGAUAUUUUAAAUAUUAUUUCGAAAAUCAAAGCAUUGGGAGAACCAGUGAUAGACAUAUUUCCUGAAAAUGUUUAUGGUUUUAUUAGCCUAAAGAACCCGGAUGUAAUGAACAUUGAUUUAGUUCUAGAAGCAGUUAUAAAUACUUCUACAAAAGAGUGGUUGGAAUAUAUUAUGGAAGGAAGUAAGCCACAUAUACGUGAUGAACACAAUGACGAAGAAAACUUACAGUUUCUUAUAAAGCUCAUUCAAAUGGUGAGAUCUGAUUUACAAAGAGGAAUGGAGCAUUUUGAUAAACACUUUUAUCAAAAACUAAGAAUUAACUAUUCGGGCAUCCUUUUCAAAUAUUAUGAUUUAAAUUUGUUCGAUGUAUGUAAAGAAAAAGUUGAGAUCGUUUGUGCAAAUAUUAAAAGAAUGGAAAUACCGGACGACACUUUGGAGUUUUCCAAUUUUUUGGAUGAAGAAUCUCUCAACAUGGGUACAACACUAUUCGAACUAUAUUUGGUGUUAAAGCGGUUUGUUUCCUUAGGUAGAUCAAUAUGUACAAAUUGCGAGUUAGCUCUAGAAAAGUUUUAUUCUUGGUUUAUGCCUGGCGUUACUCAUUGGCUCGACAUUUCAAUUGUUAAAGCUUUAAAUCGUAUUGCUAAAGCCAUUGAACUGGAUCAAUUGCAGGCUGUUGAUGAUACGGUAAAAUAUAGCUCAUCAGCAGUGGAUACUCUAGCUAUAUUUUAUCAAAUAAAGAUAUUCUGGCAUCAACUAGAUUGGCCAGAUAUUGAAGGAUCAUACACAUUUGUUGCCAAAAUUAUUGAUGAUGUUUGUCGGUGUUGUGUAUUUUAUUCCAAGAGAAUGUCGCGGCAUGUGGAAUCCCAAACAACGGAGAAUGAUUUAUUUAUUGUUUCAGCCGAAUGGUGUUUUGCAAUCAAUAACAUCGACUAUAUUAGACAAAGUUUACCUACAUUCAUUACGGAGCUAGAAACAGAUGGUCUUAUAAAAAAAAUCAGUGAUUUCCGGACCAACCUCGACGCAGAUCGCUGUGCCUCCACGAUAAAUAGUUUAAUUGAAAAUGCAUUGGAUACUCAAAAAAAUCAAAUUUUAGAACUCAUUGAUAUUGUUGGCAGGAAAAUGGCUCCUUCGAUUAAACGAUUUCUAGCUGAAGGUGCUGAAGUUUUACAUGAAAAUUCCAAUUCCAUGGAAAAGCUCAUGAUGUAUAUGGAAUCAUCUUUAAAAACAUUAUAUAAUACUUUAAAUGAAGUUAACUUUGCACGGAUCUUAGAUGCUAUUUGGACCGAACUUUCCGUUGUGAUGUACGAUCUUAUACAAUCAAAUUUAGAUGGUAUUCUCGUGAUUUGCAUAUUUAUACUACCUAAUCCUUGUGGCAUUUACUACAGUGGCCAUAUAAAGGAGCGCGCCGUCGCCGAGUAUUGUCAUUCACCACGUAGAUGAACGUCUAGCCACAAUCCGCAUCAAAGUGAUGUUCUUCAACAUAUCACCCAUGCCCCGACGGAAGAGAAGAACGAUGUGACUAACGAUGCCUUCUAUGAGAGCUUGAAGCGCACCCAUGAGAGUUGGCCUCGCCCCGAAGUCAAACUCGUGCUUGGCGACUUUAACGCCAGGAUGGGCAAGAAAGGUAUGUUUGGCACAACUGUCGGUAAAUUCUGCCUACACGAGGAAACAUCCACAAAUGGGAAACACAGAAAGAGAGAUAGGCCGAAAUGCGUGAGUAUGAACAGCUUGCCACGCUGGCCGACAGGUGUAAUGGUCGAAAAUUCUACGAAAAGAUGCGGCGUCUAACUGAAGGUUUCAAGACCGGAGAAUGCGCAUGUAGAACCCCCAGAGGUGAUCCGAUGCUCAGAGCGUAAAAUUAUAUAGAGAUCACAGCCUGCUGAAUGGCAAUGAAAAUAUAACGCCAAGAGAAGACAAACCCGAUUCCCCAAUCGAUGACGAUGGAGCAGACGUUCCAUUGCUCGACCAUAAAGAAGUUCGAAUAGCAAAUAUCCGUCUUGCCGGCCGAGCUAUUCAAACACGGUGGAAGAACUGAUAACAGCAUGGAACAGCUUUUUAUAGAAUAUGGUCGGAUGAAAGCAUGCCCAAAGUUUGGAAUUUAAGUUCUGCCCAAUCCACAAAAAGGGAGACCCAACAAUCUGCGCCAAUUAUCGUGGGAUAAGCCUCCUCAACAUGACGUAUAGGGUUCUAUUGAGCGUAUUGUGAUUCACCAUGCGCCAAAUCUUGGGAAAUACCCGUGAAAAGAAAAUCGACACGCACCACCUCUUCGCCGAUUUCAAAUCUACUUUAAACAGCACGAAAAAGAGCUGCUUUUAUGCCACGAUUUCUGAAUUUGGUAUCACCGCAAAACUAAUACGGCUGUAUAAACUGACGAUGACUAAAAGCUCCGUCAGGAUCGGGAAGGACCUCUCCGAGCCAUUCGAUGCCAAACGAUGUUUUAGGUAAGGCGACCUUUCAUGUGACUUUUCAACGUUUUUCUGGAGAAAAUAUUUCGAGCUACAAAACUAAACAGAGAAGGUACCAUAUUCUGUAAGAAUGUACAGUUGCUGCGCCGUUAAUUCUGAUUUCUACGGAAUGGAUAAAGAAACGAAGCGUAUGGGGACUAGUGGUGGUGGUGGUGACCGACACCAAGAUUAAAUAUCUGUUGUCAUCAAACGCACUCGCGACUAGGCACCCACGCCAUUGUUGAGAGUCAUAACUGAAGAAGGACCUGGCUUCGCUUUGAAUCUGCUAUUGGCGCCACCUUGCGAAAAAAAGAACUGACAGGUGCGCUGUUGGAAACUCAGCUAUAACCGCAUAAGCGGCUUCUACGCCAAAAUUCAAAUUGGACUAUAACUGUUCAUGCCUCUAGAUACGGAAUAUGUGGACCCCAGUUACCAAUGCGAAAAUUUUAAUAUAAAUAAUAUCGAUAAAUCUGUGAGAUUUGUUAUUGCAGUUCGGACCCAAUCUUUUCUUAACGAUAGAACCGGAUGUGGGCUCUUAGCCGCCAUAUACCUAAUAUUGGGUAGUCGAAAAGUUCACAAAUAUGUACCAUUUUCUUCGAUAGAGACAAUUUUCAUCAGUGUAAAUCGAAAUUUCAAAAUUUCCAGAACGGAAGCGAGCGAACAAUUAUUGUACUUUACGAACUGAUACAGCAACGUCUCCAUAGACAUCACAAAUUUCAUUGGUGGCAUAAUGCAAUUCCCUCCUCUGCCCCCAAUAUAGCAUAUUGGGUAAAAGUUCAGGAGAGCGGCUUUUCCGAAAACGUACACCAAUUUUCACGGGAAAGGUCUUAAAAUACUCGUUUUUAGUUCUAAUUUACGAAUAUGUUAGGCGCGUGCCUUUAAAAUCAGUAUUUUCUUUGUUUUU